AUGGACAAGUCGAACAAUGAAACACUUGAUUUAUCUAAGCGUGGGCUUAAGAAAAUAGAGAAAGCGCACGCUGAGGAUGCUGAGACUGUAAUCAAUUUGAUUUUAGAUCAAAAUGAAUUGCAGCGUAUCGAAAACAUUGAUUCCUAUCAACGAGUUGAAAACCUGUCGAUAUGCAAUAAUUUUCUGUUGCGUAUGCAUGGUGUAUCGAGACUCACAAACAUCAGAGUACUGGCUCUCAAUAAUAAUGGAAUACUACAGAUUGAGGGCCUCAAAGAUUUGAUAUACUUGAAAGUAUUAAAAUUAGCUGGUAACAGCAUCAAAUCAAUAGAACAUCUUAAUCACAACAUACAUUUGGAGCAUCUUGAUUUAUCAAAUAAUCAGAUAUCAUACAUCGCUGAUAUAUCCUACUUAAAAUGUUUGAAGCAUCUCAAUCUAGAACGUAAUCGUAUAAUGGAUCUCCGUCAGUGCGACCGUUACUUCCCGACAAACCUCCUCACUUUAGGGUUAGCACAUAACAACAUACAGGAUCUGAAUGAAGUGUCUCAUUUGGUUCAUCUAUCGGAAUUGGAGAGUUUCACCGUACAGGGCAAUCCUUGUGUUGCAAUGGCGGGGAAGGAUAAAUUAGGUUUUGAUUACCGUCCAUUUGUUCUGAACUGGAUCAUGAGUGUCAAAUCUAUUGACGGAUUCAUAGUUAGUGCAAUAGAAAGUUUGAAAGCGGAAUGGUUGUACAGUCAAGGUAAAGGUCGAAUAUUUCAACCGGGUCAACAUAAGGAAUUGUGUGAAUACCUCGCUGCCACGUGCCCUCAUACUGCAGAUGCCUUAGAGACAGAGGAUCAAAGGAAAUUGAGACUUAUAUUGAGCAAGGCUCAACAUCACCAACAACAGCUGAAAGAUCAAAAUCAUAGUCCCAUCAAAUCUAGGAUACAGUCGCCUAGAAUGCAGUCUCGUAUGCCGUCCCGCCACGUCGGUCGUUCUCCGGACAGACUUACUUCAAGCUGUCAUUCCCGUGUGAUGAGUUACAGCUGUUCAGGAGAUCUGCCGUCGUCUUCGCCUCAACAACAUACACUACCACAAGCUAUGUCACAGUCAGUUACACACACACUGACAGAUAGACGAGAAAAGACAGAUCAACCGAAAGUAAUGAAUCAGCCAUUGGAGGCUGCGUCUAAAAUGGUUCCUGUGCCAGAAUCAUUAAUGAGUCCCGACUAUCAAGACCCGAUAUACGACAUACAAAAGACGAUACCAAAAACAAACAAUAAUCUAUCCAACACUUCCUCACAAUCUAGUAACAGUAGCGUUACAGAAGAAAAAAGACAGAUAUGCAAACUAAAAGGAUCACCAAAAUUACCUAAAAGCAACACUUCGUCACCCAAAAUGAAGUCUAAAAUAGAACGAAAAGGAAGUCUCACUAAGAUCGAUGCUGAGAAAAAACUAAACGGAGUGAAAGAGAAAGAAGAUAUCGACCAAGAUAAGCUGGAAGUGAUAAAACUCGCGUCCAAUCAGAGGCGGCAGAAGAAGAUGAGCGUGGAAAACAUGGCGGCUGUUACUAUACAGAAAAUAUGGAGGGGAUAUAGAAGUAGGAAUUUGAAUAAAGAUACGUUGAGAAUUCUUCAUGCUAUACAAGCAGCUCGAGCUAGGCAACAUAUACAACGUCUCACAUGUGAUAUGGAAGCAACGAAGGCAGCUUUGGAAAGUGAAAGAAAGAUUCAGCAGUUACAAAUGCAGGCCAUUAACGCACUAUGGAAGAAAGUCUCUACUCUACAGACUACUGAUCCAAAGCAUAGAGUUUCAGAGUCAGAAGAUAAUUCAGAGGCUUUAAGACAGUUGACAGAAACCUGUGUGUCACUACAGGCUCAGGUAGUGGAGCUCCAAGGUUGUAUGAGGGACGUCCUCCGAGCUGUGUGUCGGACUGGUGAGACUCAGGUCGCUACACAGACGGACAUAACAGCUGUUAUCACACCGCAGGAAGAACGUUGUAGUUGGCUGAAAAGACCACAGUCGUUAGCUCUGCCGGCUCAUUGUGCGGAUAAUGUUGAGAAGUCUGAGUCAGAAAUCCUUCCCAUAGAGCGCACCGAAUCAAUGAUCGAGGAAAGUAUAGAGAAUGAAGAAAAGGAAUUGUUGGCUGAUUGA